CAACAACAACAACAACGAAAAAAAUUCAAUCUAAACAUCAUUUUUAUCUUGAAUUUGUGAUUUAAGUAAUUAUAUAAAUGGCCGAAUGGCUGAAGUGUUUUUGAUUGGGCAAAUUACCGGCGGUGAAAAUUUCAAUGAAAAUUCGUUAUUUUGUAAAUGGAAAUUGAUUAUUGGAUCUGGUUGGAAAAUUCUUGAAGGUAUAGCUGAAGGACAAACACAAAUUGACUGUUCCACUUCAUCAUCAUCAUUAAAUAAUUUUGUCUGCUGGUCACAUCCAAUCGAUUUGCAUCUAGUAACCAAAGGAAUUCAAGGUUGGCCAAAAUUAUUGAUUGAAGUUUGGCAUAGAAAUUCUUUCGAACAAACAUCGUUAAUCAGUUACGGUGUGGUAAACAUUCCAUCACAGCCGGGUUUUAAACAAAUUCGUUGCCAUACUUGGCGUCCAAUUGGAUCCAUUAUCGAUCGAUUGGCCAACAUAUUCAAUGGUGAAUCGUUACAUUUGACCGAAGAAUGGUUAAUUUAUUCGCAUGAACAACGUUUUAGAUUACAUACAGAAACGAUGGGCAUCGUUUGUCUUGAUCUGAAUAUUGUAAUGAAAGAUUUUGAAAAAUUUGGUGUCGAAACUCAUUAAUCAUCA